AUGGCGACGACAACGCUCACACCAACUUCGGCCACGGCGGAGACGCCUAAGCCCACGAAGAAGGGAUCCAUCAGUGAGAUGAAGACGCCGCUGACGCCUACUCAAACCACCUUUGGAUGCCAACACAUCAAGCGACUCCUCCAGGCCGCGCGCACGCAAGCCACCGAAGGCUACGCUCGCAUCAUUCAGGCGUUGGGAAAGGACGACAACAGUUGCGAUCGAACUCACAAGAGUGGCGCUGGCACGGACACUAUCGUCGGCGUGACAUACCUGUGUCUGCAAUGUCCCAGCAUCGGCGUAGGCCGCGAGCGUCACCGCAAGGACCACGCUUUCUCCGUUGAGUCCAGCAACGGCUCGAUAUACUGCCAUGAGUGCCGCGACUUCGUCUACGAUCCCACAUUCGAAGAGAUCCGCACCAGCAACAACGCCAUCUCCAAGAAACGCAAGCACUCCACCUUCGCCAGCUCCGAAGACCGCAAAUUCGUCUCCACCAACACUGCCACCAUCCCUUGUGCCGCCACUGGGCUUCGCGGGCUCUAUAACAUGGGCCAGACGUGCUUCAUGUCCGUCAUCCUACAAUCGCUUGUCCACAACCCGCUUAUACGGAGCUACUUCUUGAGCGAAGGCCACAAGAGCUCGGACUGCGAAAGGGAAGCGUGCACGUCUUGUGCGUUGGACGACAUCUUCACAGACUUCUACGGUCAGGAGAAGCACGAAGGCUAUGGUGCAGUCCAUAUGCUGCAGGGCUGCUGGAAAGGCGGUGGCGGUCUGGCAGGGUACAGCCAGCAAGAUGCGCAUGAGUUCCUCAACUUCUUCAUCAACAGCCUGCAUACCGCGAUCACGGAGACUGACGAGGCGGAAGAUGAGGAGAACAACAACAAGACUGAGGCCAAACAGAAGGCAGCGGAGAAGGAUGCGAAGGACUGCUCCUGCAUAAUCCACACUGCUUUCUCCGGCCUCUUGACCUCUACCGUUACGUGCACGGCCUGCCGCAACGUCACCACAGCCCUCGAUCCCUUCCUCGACCUUUCGCUCGAUAUCCGCAGUGCCGCCGUCAGCGUCAAGAAGAAGAAACUUACGAUGAUCAACGGCACCACCACCGUCCGCGAAGUCCUACCAAUGGACCUGACCGAGUGUCUUGAUCGUUUCACAAGCGCCGAGACGCUGAGCGCCGAUUCCUACCAUUGCCGCAAAUGUGACAAGAACCAGGAGGCGACGAAGAAGCUGAGCUUGGGCAGACUGCCGCCGGUCGUUGCGGUUCACCUCAAGCGGUUCUCCCACUCAAAGAGUCUUUCCCAAAGCACAAAGAUCGAGACUAAGAUCCGCUAUCCGUUAACGGCGGACUUCACACCUUACCUGACUACCCCGGUACCAAGCAACAGUGGCAAAAACAAGCCUAAACCGCAGCAGCAAGCGACCGGUCAUGCGCCGGAUGAUGAAGCCUCUGCUGCCGAUACGGUGGACUCAAGCGCAUAUACACCGUCAGAUCCCAUAUACGAGCUCAGCAGCGUCGUCGUCCACAAAGGCAAGAUUGAUAACGGACACUACGUCAGCUACAGCCGGCAAGCCGAGCACGAGUGGUAUCGCUUCGAUGACAGCAUGGUUGUGCAGGUGGAUGAGAAGGAGGCACUCAGUGCUGAGGCGUAUAUGUUGUUUUACGUGGCUAGAGGUUUGGAUAUGUGA